UAUAUAUUGUUGUGCUCACAUGACCCAGCGAUGGUUCGCCGUGUGGCAGUAGUCGGUGCAGGCAGUUCGGGUCUGGCCUGUGUCAAAGUCUGCCUGGAGGAGGGCUUGGACCCUGUCUGCUUUGAAAGUAGUGAUGACAUUGGUGGCCUGUGGAAAUUUAAGGAGUCUCCAGAACCAGAUCGAUCCAGCAUCUACCGCUCUCUGGUGGUGAACACCUCCAAAGAGCUGAUGUGCUUCAGCGAUUUCCCCAUGCCUGAUGAUUAUCCCAACUACAUGCACAACUCCCUGCUGCUGCAGUACUUCAGGCUCUACGCUGAGCGUUUCCACCUGCUCCAACACAUUCGCUUUCAGACCACUGUGAGGAGCGUUACACAAAGGCCAGACUUCUCAGUGUCUGGUCAGUGGGAUGUAGUGACCGCAGACAAAAACAAUGAGGAAGAAAUACACAUCUUUGAUGCGGUCCUGGUGUGUUCAGGACAUUACACCCAUCCGGUCUUACCCCUGUCUGAUUUUCAAGGACACGAAACAUUCCUUGGCAGGCUUCUUCACAGCUGGGAAUAUAAAGACGCAGAUUCCUUCAGGGGUAAAAGGGUGGUGGUCGUUGGCUUUGGGAACUCCGGAGGGGAUGUUGCGGUAGAGAUUAGCAGAUCCGCAGAAAAGACGUUUCUCAGCGUUCGGGACGGGUUCUGGGUGAUUAGCAGAAUGGCCCAUGGCGGCCUGCCUGUGGAUAUGUCAUUGAUCACCAGGUUCAACAUCCUGCUGCUGCAGCUGCUCCCCACGACGUUAAUCAACUGGGCAGGAGAGAGAGCACUGAACCAGAAAUGUGACCAUGAACUCUACGGUCUGAAGCCCAGACACAGAUUUUUGGACAAACGGCCUCUGGUCAACGAUGAUCUUCCUGGUCGAAUUCUUCAGGGCGCUCUUGUCAUGAAGCCCAACAUACGAGCUUUCAAGGACUCAGGAGUUACAUUCGAAGACGGGACAGUUGAAGACAACAUUGACGCCGUGGUCUUUUGCACAGGAUAUAAAGGAAUCUUCCCGUUCUUGCCCUCUGCUCUGUCUGAAGGGCCACACCGUGAGCUGACACUGUACAAAAGAGUGUUUCCUCCAUCUCUGCAACAACCCACGCUGGCCGUCAUGGGUCUUUUCCAAGUAAGGGGACCAAUCAUGCCAAUUGUAGAGAUGCAGGUCCGCUGGGCUGUUAAGGUGUUUUCAGGUUUGACUCGUCUCCCAUCGAUGCAGAAAAUGGUUGAAGUCAUUGAAGCUGAUAGGAGGCGAAACAUGCACAGCUUCCCUAACCCACAACAAGCCGUCCUCCAAGUUGAUUUCAUCCAGUACUUGGAUUUCAUGGCCAAGGAGAUUGGUGUUAAACCACAUCUCUGGAGACUGCUCCUAACAGACCCAGUCCUCUGGGCGAAGAUCUUCUUCGGUCCCUGCACUCCUUACCAGUAUCGCCUCGCUGGACCUGGUCAGUGGGCAGGAGCCAGACAAGCCGUUCUCACGCAGUGGGAGCGGGUUGCUGAGCCUUUCAGAAGCAGAGCGGUACCAGAGCCAGAGGUCCGGAGGUCUUUCCUGUGUUCUCCUUGGUUAACGGCGUGUGCAGGAACCAUGGUCAUGGCUUUGCUUUUGUCACAUAAGAUUGUCCCAUUAGUUCAACGUGCCACCCAGACGUUGAGCAGGAGUAAAGGUUUUCUGUGAUUUAUGGUUCACUGACUAACCUCAAAG